AUGGCUAGAAACGAUUCAGCAUCUAACGUGGGGUCGAAGGGCAAGGCAGCUGUCGAGCCUGUCCUAUUACCUACUACUACGCCUGCGCCUAGGGGACCACACCCCUUAGACAAACUUAAGAUUGCAUUCCUAGACACCUUCAAUGGGGACCACUACAUAAGCUACUGA